AUGAGAGGUGUUCUGAGGUUUGGAAGGAAAUGGAAGCUAAGUUCGCGAUUCAUUGGACCUUUUGAGGUCUUGGAGCGAAUUGGUCUUGUAGCUUAUCGGUUGGCGUUGCCACCGUCACUCUCUUCAGUUCAUAAUGUUUUCCAUGUUUCGAUGCUGAGUAAGUAUGUAAUAGAUCUGUCACAUGUGGUGGACUAUGAACCAUUACGGUUGAAUGACAACUUGAGCUACAAGGAGAAACCCAUAGAGAUUCUCGCUAGAGAGGUAAAGACAUUGCGUCGCAGGGAGAUUGCAUUUGUGAAAGUCAUGUGGCAGAAUCACCAGUUCAAGGAGGCUACCUGGGAGCGAGAAGGAUGA